AUGGGCGAAGGCCGGAACCGUUACUCGGGAUCCAGCUGCACACCCUGUGGCUACAGCCUCUGUCGGGCCUGCCUCCACCUUUUCCGUGAAGAAAUCCAAUUUCCAGUCCACUGCCCUAUGUGUAGGGAACCAUCCUUGACAGAAGGACUUAAGAGCCAGCGCUCCUCACGAAGGUCCCUGAGCUCUCUGAGGAAGCAGAAGUGUGUGACCCACAAGGAGACAAGAGGAUAUUUCUGUGUGGAGAACAGGAUUUACCUCUGUCACACAUUGAGAAAUUCCGUGGACAUUGUCCGAAAGGCCACCUCUUUUCAGUCUCCUUGCAUCGGAAAAAGUCCUCAAGCACUCAGUGCCAAAGCUCCUCAGCAGAUGCACCAGUCUUUUGAGCAUGCUCUGGUUCUUGGGCUGCGCCUGCCGUGGGAAGUGUGCAGCUUUGGAGAAAAACAUAUCUGUGUAUGUCAAGUGAAGGACAAUGUGUUGUGGAGAAACUCGGGGAAACUAAGGCCGGAGAUGGCCCUACAGAGCAAUGAACUAAGAGAAAUGUAUCAGCAGCUGAGAGCAGUGUCCCGGAAACCACCCUUGGUACUGCUCCAGGGUUUGGAUGGCAUGUUCAGAAGGAAGUGA